AUGUUCCAACUCUUUGUAUUCCUGGGCUUUCUCGCAAGCCUUCGGGUUCAUGCAGUGACUAUUGGUCCAGUUUCUGACCUCGUCAUUACCAAUGGUGUUGUAGCCCCAGACGGGUUCGCUAGAACCGCAGUUCUUGCUGGCGGCAGUCACCCCGGUCCCACUAUCAUGGCUCAGAAGGGCGAUAUCUUCAAUAUUAACGUCACGAACCAAUUGACGAACGAGACGAUGUUAACGAGUACCAGUGUUCACUGGCAUGGACUAUUUCAACGUCACAGUAACCAAAUGGAUGGCACGGCAUUUGUUACGCAAUGCCCAAUCGCUCCAGGAAACUCUUUUCUAUACAACUUUACUGCUGGCACGCAAGUAGGAACGUACUGGUACCACUCUCAUUUUGCAGUCCAAUACUGCGACGGCCUACGAGGUCCGCUGAUUAUUUACGAUCCUGACGACCCAUACAGUUCAUGGUACGAUGUUGAUGACGAAUCUACUAUUAUCACAUUGAUGGACUGGUACAACAUUCCAUCGCCUCAAGUACAGAGACAAGUGACCCCCGACGCGGUGCUCAUCAACGGUAUCGGGAGUUAUGAAGGAGGGCCGAACAUGCCAUUCGCCGUCAUCGACGUUCAGCCAGGAACGAGAUAUCGUUUCCGCUUGCUGAACAUGGCGUGCAAGCCGAACUACAUCUUCUCGAUCGAUGGCCACAAUCUCACGAUAAUCGAAGUCGAUGGCCAAUACGUCGACCCGCUCGUGGUAAACUCUAUUGAUAUCUUCGCUGCGCAACGAUACUCGUUCAUUCUCGAGACAAACCAGCCUGUCGACAACUAUUGGGUGCAUGCUGAUCCCAAUACGGGUGACAAUGCCACAGCUAUCUUACGAUAUGCAGGCGCUCCCAUCGUAAACCCCGUGAACAUGACGACCUUAGUUUCGGAAGCUCUGAAUGAGACCAGCCUACACCCUCUAUUCCCGUCUUCGCCUCGUUUGAUGGGGGAACCAGACAUCACACUUAACCUUACGCUUGGGAAAAAUCUGUCCGAUUACAACUUCCUCAUCAAUGGCCUCCAGUACACUUCUCCUGAGCUCCCCGUCCUAUUACAGCUGCUGAGCGGUGCUCUGACGGCGGCGGAUCUUGCACCUACCGGCUCCGUAUACACUCUGCCACGGAACAAGGUUGUCGAAGUUAUAUUCAAUCCCGAUAAUUCCCCCGGGCGUCCACAUCCAUUCCACUUGCAUGGGCACAGUUUCGCUGUUCUCAGAAGCGCUGGAAGCACCAGCUAUGACUAUGUCAACCCCGUCAUGCGUGAUACCGUGAACACUGGCGUCGCCGGUGAUCGUGUGACUUUCCGGUUCAUCACUGACAACCCUGGGCCUUGGCUGUUGCAUUGUCACAUCGAAUGGCAUCUAUACACCGGAUUAGCUAUAGUCUUUGCAGAGGCUCCUGAAGAUGUGGCGGCUGACCAGCCUGUCAACAGUGCUUCGUUGCAGCUCUGUCCGAUAUACAAUAGCAUUCCUCAUCAAAAUUUCCCUCUCCCUCCCGUUGAUUGA